AGGGUCUUUCUUGAUCCUACAUUGGUCGUCGAUUGAGUCGCAGCAUUCUGAAGCCAUCCUCACCGUGGAUCACAAACACAAGCUACGUAGCCACUAAGGGCAAUUAUUACUCUACUACACUACAACUUACAGAAGUUAAAGUAGAACAGCCAGAUCUGCAUCGAAGAGCCGUAUUCUCGAAUUCAAUUUCAAAAACGGAUCUACAAACUUUCCAUCAUGAAACUUACGAACUCUUUUAAUCUUCAGGAGGAAGUCGUUAUUGCUAGCAGUUUAUUUUGGAAGCAAAGCUGUGCCGUGUUUUAGGUUUAUCUUUCAGCAUCUUCUUGUUUCUUGCACUUUCAGCUUCUUGAUAGACACAUUUUGAGUAUAAUCGGAGCCACGGUUGGAAGCACGUGCUGGUUUCAAUCAGUUCCGUGUUUUUUGUCCGUGGAACACGGUAGAAAACUACUCUAUUGAAGCUGUAUACUAAGGAACACGCUUUCAAUCUGGUCGACAUCUUCUAUUUUCGCCUUGCAGUGGCGAGCUCUCUACUGCGCAAGCGAAGAUUUGAGUUCGCCGACGAGCAUUAUCAUCUCUUUGCGGGACCAGGAAACCGAAAAACAAAGAUUUCUGGACGGGAUCAUUAUCCACAAGAAACCAUCUUCCGGUCAUCUUCCUUCGGGUAAAACAUAUUAGCGGAAGAUGCCGAGUCAGAAUCCAGCUUUGGCGCAGGCCGAAGAGCUGCAGCAGGAUGCUCUGGACAAUGCGCUGCAAACGAUGUUGACGAGCUCUAACAUUGCCCGGCGGAUCUCCCAGCAUCUGGACGCGGAGCUGUCCACUUCGGAAAAAAUGUUCCGCUGCUUGGACGCCGAUACCAACGGGUAAGUUUUUACCAUAUUGGGACCACCACAAUCAUUAAACUAAAACUUCUCUCAGGCCGGCGCCCACUUUUGCAUAUCCCGUGACUUGAACUUCUUUGUGUUUUCAAAUCAUAAGAAUAAAUCAAACAAAGUGUGAACUUGUUCACCCUGUGUUGCUGUAUCCUUACCAGGUACCUGGGCCGUAACGAAUUGCGCCUGUUCGCCGCUACCACGGGAUUCGAAGAGGAGGAACAAACGUGGGACGAAGCUUACGAACAGCUGUGCUCUUCCUUCGACUGCAGCCCCGAGUUGGGUCUGGACUUGGAGGUAAGUAAUACAAUAUAUAAAGCUAAUUUUUGAUGCAGAAUUGGAAUUGCAUUUGCACGCGUCAGUUGUUAUCUUCGCAGGUACUGACAUCAAGGGGCAACUGAGGUUCUUUCAGUGCGUGUGUAACCUGAAACAAGACAAGCAGAAACCCGUAUAAUGUACUUUCAAUAAUUAUCCAAUUCUACAGAACUUCAACCGACUGUGUGAGCAGUACCUGGAAGAAGAGUGUUACCGCGAAUCGAUCGACCAGUUUGUGCACGCGAACUAUCCGGGCGUCGGCGGCACCUACCACGGUCGUCGUGGGAAGGAGAUCACGAAAAACAAAUCGCGGCAGUCAAGCCGUCACAGCUCCCGGUGGAGUCAGGUAGAAAAAACGUUUGUAGUACGCUUUAAUGUAUGACCGGAGAUUAGGCUUUUGGCAGGCUGCUCUGGCUCGAUGCAGCUCAUCCCUUUCCUUUGCUUGAAGAUUUUAUCUAUGUAUUAUCAAAACCAACAUCCAUGAAACAGACUUCCCGUCGCAGCCGUCGUGCGUACGAGGAGACUCCGGACGGUGAUUGUGACUGGCGCAGCCGGCGGAACUCGAUUUCGUCUGUGCAGGGGCGGGAAUCCGUGUGCAGUGUGGGUUCCCACCACAACAUCGACUUCUCCGGCCUGAAUACCCAGAACACCAGCAAGAGCCGGCGCAACAGUGUCUUUUCGAACUACAGCCAGGCGGACGGGCGUCGGUCGUCCGUGUACAGCAACGCGUCCCGCCGGACCUCCGUGUACUCGCAAACCGGCGAACGAAAGAAGAAGAGCCGAACAAACUCUGCCUAUAAUGAUUGUCAAACGCCGGUGUCGCGCAAGUCCACCGGAAACAGGUCCGAGCCGCACACCGGGGAAGGCCAAAAGGAAAAGGUAUCAAAUGCAAAAAUGUCUGGGUCUGGAAGAAUGCAAACUUGUGAUGCUGCAUUUGGAUUCCAAAGAAAUCUGUAUUGCAUAAGCAGCAAAGGGAAUGCAAUUUUGGCUACGCGGAGAAGGCAUUUGUCAUGCGGAAUAGGCAUCGCGAAGCCCUCAAAAAGUCUGUGAUGGUAGGGCAUGCAUCACAGACAUCAUGGCCCAUGCAAAACGUGCAUGACAAGUCUCAGAAAUUUCCAGACCCAGACAUUUUUACAUUUGAUAGAAGGAGAAGAAGACCCACAAACCCAUGGACAAGCGGUUCCUGGACGACAAGGCCGAGGACAAGCACCUGCGGAAGCUGAAGCGCGAGAUGCGGAACAUCUUGCUCCUGGAGGAGAAGGAGAAGUCUGGGGAAGCCAAGUUGGACGCUCUGCAGAAGGCCAAGGUCGCCCGGAAGGAGCAGCUGGCCGGCCGGAUCGCGAAGCUGCAGGGCGAGUUUGACGCGCGGAAGUCGGUGCGGAGAAGUAUCAUCUCCAGUUCCCGCCGGGUCUCCAAGGCCUUCGCGAGUCCGGGCAGAAUCGACCAGGAUUCCAUUUCCAAUCGGGGCGGCGGACGAAAGAGCAGAAGGUACUUGUGCAGCAGUGUCUUUAUUUUACGACGUACGAGCAGUUCCAGUUUCACUUUGGUUUCAUGUAAACACGCAGACAUCCCUGCAUUGGUCCAUGAAAAAGAUAUCUAUGCACCGCCAGGGAAAAAACCUAAACCUCGUGAAAAAUUCUUUGUCAAAUUACUCUACCACAGACCUUCAUUCUACAAUGGCAACGCGGACGCCUUCAACCCGAACGCGCAAGAGUUUGUGCCGCCAACCGUUUCGAAGGAGGAGCUUUUGGUGAUGCAGUUUCAGGAAGCGGAGCAACAGUACUUCUACAUGUUGCAGGAAGCCAACCAGCGGCUUCUGUCCGCUUGGCGGGUGGGCGGCGGGCCGGCGGUGCAGAGCCUGCAGCAUUUCUCCCUGGACAACCCCUACGCGUACGCAAACCAGUGCAACAAAUUCGUGGACCCCAAUCACAUGAUCAACACCAAGCCCGUGGAGGCGUCAGCCCCUUCCUCCGGAGCUAUCGCGAAUAACGCAUCGGCGCCGGCGGAAAGCAGCAAGGAGGCUGUUGGUAGUACCGACGUUCCUGCCGCCAAGGAGGGAAAAAAAAGCGAAGCAAAUAACGCGGACGACGAUACUAGAGAAGCCAAUGGUGUACCUCCAAAUAAAUCCGCGGCUGAAAGAGAAACCGCGAAAAGCAGUGCUAUCACUCUUAACAAGGAUGCGGCACCGUUCCAAAUGCCACCGACGGCUGCCUGCGGUUCUUCGACGGCUGCGUACAUGACUCCGGCCCCGAGGGCAAGCUCCAUGUCGAUGGCCGCUACGUAUUACGGGAACUUUUGCGGAGUUCAGAACCCUUUCUUGGAGAACGCGUUCACCAUGUCGCACGCCGAAUCUAAUACAGCGACGCACCCGUGCUGGGCCGCGCUCCCGCGAAACUCCGGCGUCGCACGCAACUCGUCCGCGAGCUGCUCCAGUGCCACGGGUCAGCAACAGAUGAUGAUGUACCAGAAUGGUCAGCAACAGCAACAAGUCUACAAUGGUGGCGAACAGCAGCUGCAAUCCGGCAAGAGAACGAAGGGUGCUUCCGCCAAGAAGGGACAGGGCAAGCAGCAAGAAGAGCCCCGACGAAGCAGCGGCUUCUGGGCGGAGCAUGCCAGAAAUUCUGUGAAGAAUAACCGGGAACAAGGUGCCCCGGCCGCGCCGAAGGAGGGCACGAAGAAGGGACAAGGUAAAAAGAAGAACAAUCAGCAGCCAGAGCAGCCCGCUUCUGCCACUUCAGACCAGGCAGCUGCUGCACCUAAGAAAAAGAACAACAAAAAGAAGAGUCAAAAGAAAGACGAGCCAGCAAAAGCUGCAGCCCCGGCUGCAGCGGCAAAGGCUCAAAAAAAUGAUGAAAAAGCGACAACUAAAGUUACAAAGGACGUGGAACAGAGCGACAAGAAGGUUGAGACCGCCGCUGGCUCAACCGCUACUGAAAAGAAGUAAAGACACUUCCUCUGCAUAUUCAGUAGCGACCGAUAUAAAACAACUGCACACCAAAACUGUUUUACCGACUUUUCAACCAUGAUCUCAAAUUUACACGCACGAAGUGAUCCAAUAGUUUGUCAUUAGAGACGAUCGUCUUCUGGGAUCACAUCACUGCAGCCCCAGAUGGAUCGAUGAUGAUGAAAGCUAGGAUACUGACCCCUGCAAAUAUUGUCGUUCAACAAGCACGUGUGACAACAUCCAAAGAUGCAAAAUAAUGAUGAAGGCAACGUUGUCACACUUAGCAAAACGUGGAAGUAGUCUCUGCGCGACACGAGACUUUUUUUGAAGGAUCGUUUGUAUGCUUUUUAGUACUUUUUCAAAUGAUGGAGAUGGAUGUACACCCACCACAAAGAAAACAGAAAACAAAACACGCACUAGCACAAAUAUCGCCGCUUCCAUUGCAGCUAUCAGCAUUUUGGAAAACGGACUCUGUAAGCCACUUGCGUGUCGAACAAUCUUGUGGUGAGCUACGCCUAGCUAUGAGAGGACUUUUCAAUUGUUGCAAGAGACCGGUAGAUGCGCUGUUUCCUUUCUUAUGGUCUACUACGCGGCAGUUGAUUGACUCAGACAGAUAAUUAGAAUCGGGAACUCUACCUCUGAAAAAUAUGUCCGUGCUGUAAAGUUAUGUUAUCAGAAGGGAACACGAAGCUCAGGCUCCCCG